AUGGUAUUUUGGCAAUAAAAGAAAUUAAUUUAUUUACUUUUGAAGUAAUUUUAGAAAAUACUUUUAGCAACAUAGAUAUUACACCAAGCUAAAUAUAAUCAUUUAAUCAACCAUUUUAUAUAAAGAACUCUAGAACAUUAAUAGUUUAUAUAAAUAAUUAAUUCAUCAGUCAACUCGGUACAUAAAGAAGAUAGCUCCAUAUUCUUCGUUACAGCUCAGUUAAUAACCAAUACAAUUAUAAAUACUCAUUAAGAUAUAUUGUAAAUGAUGUUUAGGUAUCAUAAACAACUGGUGAUAUUAUUUGCUUCUUAGUAUAUUAAGUUUACCUCAUCUAAAUAGCGAUUUUUAACGCCUACAAAAAUUAAAAUCCUGUUUUUGUAUCUAAGUAAUUCUACAAUGUUUGCUCAAAUCACUUAGGUUAUUUCAAUUAAAACUAAGACACUAUUUACUAUUCAGAUUUUUUUACAGGAAUAAUUAGUAUGA